UUAACGGCGUCCGACACGUACAACAGCCUCGGGCACCUGAGCUGCUCCCUGUGCUCCGCGCCCGUGAAGAGCGAACUGCUGUGGCAGACACACGUGCUGGGCAAGCAGCACCGAGAGAGAGUUGCAGAAUUAAAAGGUACAAAGCAGACGACAACUGGUUCAGCUGCUGGCACAUCGUCUCACCCUGUCAAGAGAAAAUCUGUUGACACAGAAAAUACAGAGAUAAAGAGGGUAAAAGGUACAGAUGAAAAGCCACAUACGUCUACAUCUGGGCUGCCAGCAGAUUUUUUUGAUGAAGCAGAGCAAGACAGUGCCAAUGUACAGCUUUCAAAGGGUCCCAGUUUAUUGUCAGGAAAUUAUGAUGAUGAUGAUGAAGAAGAGGAGGAACAGGAACAGUCAAGCAAAUCUUCCGUGACGCAUAAAACUGAAAUUCCACCUCCAACUCAAGAAGUGAUAGCUAAUUCUCUGCCUCCAGACUUCUUUGACAGCAAAGUUCCAGCUGCUCCUGUAGUUUCCCAUUCAGGAUCCAUACAGAAAGCAGAGAUACAAGAGAAGGUAGUAGAAAGGAAGGAAAACACUGCUGAAGCUUUGCCAGAAGGUUUCUUUGAUGAUCCUGAAGUGGAUGCAAAAGUGCGAAAAGUUGAUGCUCCAAAGGAUCAGAUGGACAAAGAAUGGGAUGAAUUUCAAAAGGCAAUGCGACAGGUCAACACAAUUUCAGAAGCAAUAGUGGCAGAAGAUGAUGAGGAGGGACGACUAGAUCGCCAGAUUGAAGAAAUUGAUGAGCAGAUUGAAUGUUAUCGCCGCGUUGAGCUUUUGCGUAACCGACAGGACGAGAUGAAGGAGACGUUAAAGGAAGCCAUGAGAUUAAGAGCAGCACAAGAGAAAGAGGAAGAGGAUAUUGGUAGUGAAGAUGAAGAAGAACUGCAGGAUUUGCUGUCUCAAGACUGGCGGGUGAAAGGGGCUUUGUUGUAGCAUUUCUGCAACAUAGUUGAUAUUCUUUUUAUCAGUGACGUUACUUCCAUUGUUAGAAGUGAGAAGCUUUUGUUAACUAUUUAUUUAAAGAGGAUCACAAGAUAAUAAAGGGCCAAGGUAUUAAAAAAUAAAAUCUUUGUUGAUCUACAGUGGUGUAUUACUUGCUGUAAAAACUGUAUAUUGCAAAUGUUUUCCAAUAUUGGAUGCACCUUUCCUAUUAAAAUUACUGGUUUCCUACCAGAAGUAUUUUAAUGGGAUUAAUAAUUCUGUAAAGAACCUCUAAGUUUUUGGAGGCAUUAGCUAUACCUGGUAAUUUUGAGACUUGGCUUAUUGUGUAUAGAAUCCAUGGAGUUUUCCCAGAUUGGGGCGGGGUUAGGAAAAUAUUAUGCAUUUAUGUUAUCUUAAAAUUUAUAAGUGCUCUUCUGUCCACUGUCCCAGCUCCCAAUAAAAUAUGUACAUUU